AGUGAGUGAGUCGGGGUGAGAGGCUGAGCGAGGCGAGCAGCGACACGAGGACACUUUUCUCCCACUUCUUCUCCAUCCUCCCGUCGGAUGCGAUGCUGCCGUGAGCGCGCCGCUCGUGCUGGCUGCAGAGCUCCAGAGAAGGGCAGCUGAACCCUAACAGCUCCAUGAGUUUGGUUUUGGUGAGCUCGUCGCGUCUCUCUCAGCUCUACCUGGCGUCUCUCGCUCCCCUCUCAGCCUAGUCCCAUCAUCCUUUCCACCAUCCUGCACCAUGUCUCUCUUCACCUCCGCUGCCCCCUUCCUCCUCCUCCUCCUCCUCUUCCUCGUCCCGCUGCCUCCCUGCCAGUCGGAGUCCCAGCGCGGCGAGUCCAGCACCGGCCCCAACCUACUGACGGCCCUGCCCUCCACAUUGUCCUCCCUGUUCCCGACACCCCUGUCUUUGGGAAACGCCACGGGGUAUUCCCGCGCCAACAAGUGUGAGGAGGUGACGGUGUGCAGGCCCGGCAUCCUGCUGCCCGUCUGGAUGCCCGACAAGCCGGCGCUCGGCUACCAGGUGGCCAGGGCCGUCGUGUACUUCGUGUCGCUCAUGUACAUGUUCAUGGGGGUUUCCAUCAUCGCCGACCGCUUCAUGGCCUCCAUAGAGGUCAUCACUUCCCAGGAAAAGGAGGUGACCAUCACGAUGCCGAACGGAGAAACAUCGGUAGCAACGGUUCGAAUCUGGAAUGAAACAGUUUCCAACCUGACGCUCAUGGCUCUGGGCUCCAGCGCUCCGGAGAUACUGCUGUCUGUUAUUGAGGUGUGCGGGCACGAGUUCAAGGCCGGACAGCUCGGACCGGGGACCAUCGUCGGCAGCGCCGCCUUCAACAUGUUCGUGAUCAUCGGGAUCUGCGUGUGGACGAUCCCCAACGGCGAGUCACGGAAGAUCAAGCACCUCCGCGUGUUCUUCAUCACCGCCUUCUGGAGCAUCUUCGCCUACAUCUGGCUGUUCCUCAUCCUGUCCGUCAUCUCGCCAGGUGUUGUGCAGAUCUGGGAGGCCCUCGUCACGCUGCUCUUCUUCCCGGUGUGCGUCCUCCUGGCUUGGAUCGCCGACCGCCGUCUGCUCUUCUACAAGUACAUGCGCAAGCGUUACCGCGCCGACAAGCGCCACGGCAUCGUCGUGGAAACGGAGGGAGACCUGUCACCCACCAAGGGAGGCAUGGAGCUGAUUAUCGAUGGCAAGUUCCCACCUCGAGGGAGCACCGUUGUCCCCGCCGAGAACUGCGGGGACCACCUGGGUGUAGUCAGGGCCCCGGGGACCGGAGCCGGGGCCAACCUGCCCAGCUCCAACAGCAUGAUGGUCAAUGUGGACAGCAAGGAGCUGUGUGAGAGCCGCAAGGAGGUGAUUCGCAUCCUGAAGGAGCUGAAGCAGAAAUAUCCGGACAAAGAUCUGGACCAGCUGAUGGAGCUGGCUAACUACUACGCACUGCUGCACCAACAGAAGAGUAGAGCCUUUUACCGCAUACAGGCGACUCGUAUGAUGAUUGGGGCCGGCAACGUCCUGAAGAAGCACGCGGCCGAUACCGCGCGCCGCACGGUCAUCGCAGACGAGGAGGCGCCGGUGGACGAAGACCUGCCCGUAUGCAGCCGCAUCUCAUUUGAGAGCGCCCACAGCCAGUGCAUGGAGAACUGCGGGGUCCUGAUGCUGGCCGUCGUCUGCCAAGGAGGACUCGGGGAGAACACCUUCUACGUGGACUACAGGACUGAGGACGGUUCAGCCAACGCUGGGUCGGAUUACGAUUAUAGCGAAGGAACGCUGGUGUUCAAACCUGGAGACACUCGUAAAGAGAUUAAGGUCGGGAUAAUCGACGACGACAUCUUUGAGGAGGAUGAGCACUUCUUCGUCCGCCUGCUCAACCUGCGCGUCGGCGACGCGGAGGGGAUGUUCGAGAGCGACGAGGUGGGCGCCAUGCCCAAGGCCCGGCUCGUCGAGCCCCUGGUUGCCACGGUGACCAUCCUGGACGACGACCACGCCGGCAUCUUCACGUUUGGCGAGCGCGUGCUGCGCGUGAGCGAGAGCGUGGGAACCAUGGAGGUGACGGUGGUGCGCAACUCCGGGGCCCGCGGCACCGUCAUCCUGCCGUACCACAGCGAGUCUGGCACGGCCAAGGCGGGGGAGGACUACGAGGACGUGCGAGGGGAGCUGGAGUUCACCAACGACCAGACCACUCAGACUCUGCAGGUGAGGAUAAUCGAUGACGAAGAGUACGAAAAGCAGGAAAACUUCUUUAUUGUGCUGGAGGAGCCCCGCUGGCUCAAGAGAGGAAUCUCAGCUCUGCUGCUCAACCAAGAAGGGGGAGAGGGGCAGAUGAGUGCUGAGGAGGAGGAGGCCAGGAGGAUAGCUGAGAUGGGGAAGCCCAUCCUGGGAGAGCACAGCCGCCUGGAGGUCGUCAUCGAGGAGUCCUACGAAUUCAAGAGCACCGUCGACAAACUCAUAAAGAAGACCAACCUGGCGCUGGUCAUCGGCACGCACUCCUGGAGGGAGCAGUUCGUGGAGGCGGUCACCGUCAGCGCAGGUGACGGCGAUGACGACGAGGAGGGACGGGAGGAGCGCCUUCCCUCCUGUUACGACUACGUCAUGCACUUCCUCACCGUCUUCUGGAAGGUGCUGUUCGCCUGCGUCCCGCCCACGGAGUACUGGAACGGCUGGGCCUGCUUCGUCGUGUCCAUCAGCGUCAUCGGCCUCCUCACCGCCGUCAUCGGGGAUCUGGCCUCACACUUCGGCUGCACCGUGGGGCUCCGGGACACCGUGACCGCCGUGGUGUUCGUGGCGCUGGGAACCUCAAUUCCAGACACCUUCGCCAGCAAAGUGGCCGCCGUGCAGGAUCAGCACGCUGACGCCUCCGUGGGAAACGUCACCGGCAGCAACGCCGUCAACGUGUUCCUGGGGAUCGGCGUGGCGUGGUCGGUGGCCGCCAUCUACUGGGCCAUCAAAGGAGAGACGUUCAGGGUGGACCCGGGGUCGCUGGCCUUCUCCGUCACCCUCUUCACCAUCUUCGCUUUCAUCUGCAUGGCCGUGCUCUUGUUCCGGCGCCGGCCCUCCAUCGGCGGGGAGCUCGGCGGCCCCCGGAGUUCCCGCAUCCUGACCUGCAUGCUGUUCUUUGGCCUGUGGUUCCUCUACAUCCUCUUCUCCAGCCUGGAGGCCUACUGCCACAUUAAGGGCUUUUAAAGAAAAAGAAAAAAGGACUGGACGAAUGCACAGCAACACACACAAGCCUGUAUAGUUCCAACCCUCGGUCCAUGCAGUCCACGGGUCGCAAUGUUCACAAGGGCUCGCUGCAGCCCGGAGGCGUCCUGGUCUUUGGUGCAGGGAUGCUAGAAUACUUCAGACAUGUCCAUACACUCUAUUUGUACACGUGUAAACACAUCACUACAAACACACAGCUGGUGGGUUGAUGACGAGCAGAAGCAGGUCUUUGUUAAGGGCGAGAGGAAGGAGAGAAAGUGAGGAGAAGUUUAGUGUUUUUAAAUGGUUCUUUAAAUGUUUGUUGGACUGGAGGGAUCGGGACAUGUAGCUGAGACAGAAACGUGUGUCCACCUGGUAAAAUUCAUCCACAGACUUUACAGCUUCAUGUUUUUACUCUGAGAAGGUGGAGCACUGUGUGUUUGUGGGGG